AUGAUGGAGAUGAGCGGGUUCACCGAAGAACAGCUCUCGGUCCGAGAUGCCGUACAGAAAAUAUGCGCCCAAUUCCCCAAUGAGUAUUGGCAGCAACAUGAUCAGUCAGAGACCGACCCCAAGGAGUUGCAUGCUGCUUUGGCAGCGGAUGGAUGGCUUGGAAUUGCCCUACCCGAGCAGUUUGGUGGCGCUGGAUUAGGAAUUUCAGAAGCGACGAUGAUGUUGCAAACGAUAUCACAGUCCGGCGCUGGAAUGGCAGGAGCUCAAUCGAUACAUGCAAACGUCUAUGCCACACAGCCACUGGCAAGGUUUGGCAACAAGGAUCAACUUGAAUCGACGAUUCCCAACAUCAUAAACGGAAAAUGGAGAGUCUGCUUUGGCGUCACUGAGCCAAACACGGGGCUGGACACCCUUAGGCUGAAAACGACCGCCACGAGGCAGGGUGAUAAAUAUAUCAUCAGCGGCCAGAAGAUUUGGAUCACUUGCGCCCAGGUAGCUUCCAAAAUGAUACUCCUUGCGAGAACGACACCGUUGGAGGAGGUCAAGAAGCCAAGUGAAGGUCUAUCAAUGUUCUGCAUUGACAUUGAUCGCUCCAACCCGGCUCUCGAGCUCAAGAAAAUCAAGAAGAUGGGUGGUCGGGCCGUCGAUGCUAACGAGGUCUUUUUCGAUCAUUACGAAGUGCCGGCAAAUACCCUCAUAGGAGAAGAAGGUCAAGGUUUCAAGAUUAUUCUCCAUGGCAUGAAUGCCGAAAGAUGUCUACUGGCCGGAGAGGCACUUGGCCUCGGUUACGCUGCGGUGGAAAAGGCGUCACGAUAUGCCAGAGAAAGAGUGGUGUUCGGACGGCCUAUCGGAAAGAAUCAGGCCAUCGCACAUCCACUUGCUGAUGCAUACAUGAAUCUCGAAGCAGCGAAACUGGCGACAUACCAUGCUGCAAGACUCUACGAUCAGAGCAAGACCGACAAGUCCAUCACGCCUCACGCCGUUGGGGUGGCAUGCAACAGUGCCAAAUACAUGGCUGCGGAAGCAGCGUUCAAGGCUUGUGAGCGAGCUGUGAUGACUCAUGGAGGAAUGGGCUAUGCCAUGGAAUACGAUGUGGAGAGAUAUCUGAGGGAGUGUUUGGUCCCUAGAAUUGCGCCUGUUAGUCGUGAGAUGAUUCUGAACUUUGUUAGCGAGAAGGUGCUGGAGUUACCACGAAGCUAUUGA